AAAAUGAAAAUUUGAAUAUUAUUAAUAAACUCUCCUCCUUUAUGCGUUUCUCUCUCUCUCUCUCUCCUCUGCUCGCUGCUUGCUCGAAGAGCUUUGGAGGGCAAAGUUUCACCAUGGAUGCAUCUCGGAUCGACAUCUUUGAGAUUUACCGAAGAUACUGUGACAUAAAAUCAGGACAUGCAUAUAUUGGUGGGGAAGAAGGGUACAGGCAAGAUAGUGACAUUCAGAAGGCUAAGGUCUCAAGGGAGGCACUCACACAGCUCUCAAAAUUGGUUGAGUCUCGAGUUACUACAGGGGUAACAAUUUUUGAUGAACUUUCAAUGCUCAUGUCACGGUUGAAUUUAAGGGCGGACUUUCCAGAAUUCUCGCGGUUCUAUGAUUUUGUUUUCUUCAUGUGUCGCGAAAAUGGUCAAAAGAAUAUUACUGUAAGCAGGGCAGUAACUGCAUGGAAAUUAGUUCUUGCUGGGAGGUUUUCACUGCUUCAUCCAUGGUGUGACUUUGUUGAGAAGAAUCAACGGUACAACAUCUCUGAGGAUACCUGGCAACAGGUUCUAGCUUUCAGCUGGUGUACCCGUGAUAGUCUGGAAGCAUAUGAUCCUGAAGGUGCUUGGCCUGUUUUAAUAGAUGAUUUUGUUGAGCAUAUGUACAGGAUGCAAGGAUCGUAUUAUGAUAAUUCCAACUUCCAUUGUAACUGUGGUGAUCCAGAAUCUCAGUCAUGUGUUUUUGAUGACCCCCUCCCUGGACUGAGAAGUUUUUCUGGUCUAAAGAGGAAGUUACCCGAGGACUUGAGCAAAAGUGAUGAUAUGGAUUCCAAUGACAUGAUUCUUUCAAAUUGUAAAAGAAGUAGAGCUCAUGAUGCGGUGGAUUUGGAGGACAAUCCACCAGGGAAUACAGCAGAUGACUGUAUGGAAACCAGUAGACAAAAUAGUCCGUUGUGUUCAUCGAUGUCCCCAUGUGCAGUUGAAGGUUGUCUGUCUAAGGGAUUUGCAGGACUACUCUCAACUCGUUCCUUUGUGCAGUUUGGUAGGGAGAGAAGGGCUUCCUUUUGAUGAAGCACCCCCACCUAUAGUUAAAGAAGUAUAUAGAAGUUUCUUUUGCUAGUUGAUAUCUGUUGAUGUAUUCAUUUUGAAUGUUGUUGGCAUUGUAAUUUGUAACAUCAUCAUGGUGAGUGUUAAAUAACUUAACUAUCCAUUGCCUUUGAUAAAAUCAAUAAAAAAGAGUUGUGUUUUGCUUUUAUGUUGA